AUGCACGCGACGCGGGGUCAACACCAAGCACCAAACCUCCUCCUUCCAAGCAAGCCACCACAUCUUAUGAACAUGCGCCUUUUUCCGUGGAAUCUAGUAGCGACCGUUAUAACGGCUCUCGCUGGGCGGUCGCAAGCACAGCUUAUUCAAUCUAAUGCAUCCUUCUGCAACUGGGCAGAUGCAAGAGUUAACACGGUCCGCGACAUCGUCUAUCUAGACGGAGGCCAGUUAUAUGAGGAGAUAGGGUUCGAGAAUGGCCAGACUACAUUGAAGUCAGAUACCAACGAGGACUCGCUAUACUACAUGAAUCUCUCUUCUUCAUUGAAUACAACGUCCGACAACCUUACAUCCCUCUUUCACCGUAUCCCCUAUGACCAAGCGACAAUCCCCAACACCCUUGUGCGUGGCUAUGACUCUGGAGUUAUGUUUGCCAACGACGAUAGACUAUAUCUCUACGGCGGCUUAUACCCCCCUACGGACUCUAUGGACGACGCACCCGCUGCCGCAGCGCUCGCCUACGAACCAUCUCAAGAUCGAGACCCAGGAUCCGGAGAGUUUACCACGAUGGAUACCAGUAAUGUCACUCGCUAUGUGACCUACGGGGCUGGGGUUUCGUCACCAAGUGAAAACCUGGGGUUUUAUGUGAGUGGGCUGCGCGCACCAAACUGGGGUCCAAUCUGGGACAAUGUAACAGCUACCGAACUAUCCGAAAAUAUGAUCAAGGUUGAUAUGUCCACUGGUCAGGACUCCCCUACUUGGUCGAACUUAACAUUACCUCCGCACGUCCCACCACGAGUCGGUGCAGAGGCUGUUUGGCUCCCUGUCUCCGAAUCCGGGGCUAUAGUGCUUAUUGGGGGAGUGACCAUACUUGAAUCUGUCUAUCCAGCGGGACUAAACGAGAACGAUACGACUAGGAGCAAAAGUGUGAGCCCGAGCUUUAUGCAGACUGUUUCUGUCUAUGACAUCGCCGGUGACACAUGGUAUUCUCAGAAUACCACCGGUGAACACCCACCACAACUUACCCAAUUCUGUUCAGUCUACGCAAGUGCCCCUGAUCGCUCAUCACACAAUAUCUAUAUCUACGGAGGAUACGAUGGCCUGGAACCAUCCAACCAGCCAUUAGACCGCGUCUACGUUCUCUCAAUACCUGCAUUCCAAUGGGCUUUGGUCUACAGCGGGGGAGGCUAUACCAGCGGCCGCAGGGACCAUACGUGUAUCAAGCCAUAUCCUGACCAGAUGCUCGUACUUGGCGGGAGGGCCCUUAAUGGAGGGCUCCGAAGUUGCGUUGAUAUAAUUCGAGUCUUUAACCUUAACACCCUAACGUUCCAGGAUACUUACGACACUGACACAUGGAGCCAAUACGAAGUGCCUGGUAUGAUAUCACAAAUCAUUGGCGGAGAACCAUCCGGCGGUGCAACUCUAACAUCGCCUGUAUCCUGGACAAACACUUCUCUUAGGGAUGUCUUUGCUGCCGAAUACAACAAACCCAUCACGACCUGGUAUCGGGAUAGAGACAACACAACCAGCGACAAUAAUACUACUACAGAUCCCCCCUCUAGCAACUUCCCACCUUGGGGCGGUGGUCUCAUCGGUGGCCUUCUUGGCCUUCUCGCAGUAGCUCUUGCAAUUGGGGCAGCCUUUUGGCUUCAACGACGACGUAAGACCAGGGAGGGCACCAGCCCCCAGGACCAAAAGCAGGGAGAGAAAAAGGAACAAACUGAACUAUCGAGCAAUGGCGCUGUAUCUAACGCAGCAGAACUAGGAGUUCCGGGCUCUCACUCCACAGCUGAAGCUGGAAGCUGGCCUGUCUAUGAAAUGAAUGGUCGUCCAGAACGCCCCGCUGAGCUUCCGACGCCGCAUAAUGAUCAUUCUACACGAGAGACUUGA